AUGGCGGACGAUUUGGAUGCUGAGCUGCUCGCUUUGGCGGGUGACUCUGAGGAGGAAACUUCACCACCCCCCAAAUCACCAGCACACUCAGCUUCUUCACACGCUCAAGAUCGAGAUACCUCACCUGCAGCCAUGGGUCGCAAAGGAACUGCCAAAUUGGUGGGCCGCCGAUCCCGCAAGCGCGCAAAUGAUGAAUCGGAGGGUGAAGUAUCUGACGAUGGAUCUCGUCACUCGCUUCAGUCUGCCCCCAUGUCCGAGUCCGAGUCAGAGGCCGACAACUCCGACGACAACGACGAGGAUCGCCCCAUUUUCCCAUAUGAUAAAUUGUACUACUCGGCCCAGGACAAAAAGGAUAUCAUGGCUAUGCCUGAAAUUCAGCGCGAGGAAACCCUGUCCGAACGUGCCCAGCAAGUGGAUCGCCACAACCAGGAUCUGGCUCUGCGCCGCCUUCUAGCAUCUCGCUCGCGCGAGGAAGCACGAGCGGCCAAGAAAGCCAAACGAAAGGCAGGGUCUGCCGGCUUGGAUGACAAUCAGCGCAAGAGCUCGCGCCAGAAGACCACUCUUGGUGGCCGCAAAGUCGGAGAAACGUCCGGAGCCAUCGAGGCCUACAAGCGCCAGCGUGAGCAGAAGGGCAAGCGGGAUGAACUCCGUCGCCGAGACCCUACAAAAUCGCGCCGCCGUUCGCGCUCCAUGGGAUCUGAUAUUUCUGAUGAAGAUGCUGUUGCGGAGAGUGAUCUUGAACUGGACGACCGCGUUGGCCGCCGUUCUGUUUCCCUUCCAAAGGAUGACCCGCCCGCCGAGCUUCGGGAAAUUCGACGUGCUCAAGUUGGACGUAAUAACUUUGCCAAAGUUUGCUUCUACCCUGGAUUUGAGAAUGCUAUGAUUGGCUGCUACGCUCGCCUGAGCAUUGGCCCGCACCCCGACAAUGGCCAGAAUGAAUAUCGCUUGGGCCUGAUUACUGGAAUCUCUCAGGGAAAACCAUACGCCUUGGAGGGCGAGAACGGUCGCUCAUUUGUCACGGAUCAGUAUGUCAAGCUGGCACAUGGAAAGUCUGUCAAAGACUUCCCAUUCGUCACUUUCUCGAAUUCUCCACUUACUGAGGCCGAGUACCGCCGUUACGUUCAGACCCUCACUGUUGAGGAUUGCAAGCUGGCUACAAAGGGCAAGGUUGAGUCGAAGGUUGCCGAUAUCAACCGUCUUCUCAACCAUACAUUCACUCGUGAAGAGUUGAACGAGAAACUGCGUCGCCAGGGUGCUUUCGACCACAAGAAGAAUGUGCUUAACCGUCUCGAACUUGAAAGAAAUCUGGAAUUUGCCAAAAUCAACGGAAACAUGGAGGAGGUCGAGAAGAUCGAUGCAGAACUGCAGAAAAUGGUCAACCCGACCCUGUCCUGGGGAACAAGCCUUGUUAAGAAAGAGGUCGACAGAGGUCCAUCGGAAGCCGAACGAGUCCACCAGAUCAACCUUCGCAACCAGAAGCUUAACAUUGAGAAUGGUCGCCGUGCUCAGCUCGAAGAGAGAAAGGCCGCUAAGAAGGCAGCCGAGGCUGUUGCACGCGGAGAGGCAGCCCCAAAUCCCUUCAUGCGCGUGCGAACAGUAGCCAAAACCCACCACGAUGUCAACGGAGCACCCAAAUCCGCUGCCGCCGACGCCACUUCUGUGCACAACCCUAAAGAUACCCCUGCUACCGCAAAGUCCAACGGCAGUCCCGCACAAAAGGGAACUUCGGCCUCUCGCAUCACUCCAAAGAAGCCCAAGAAUGGCUUCAUGAUUAGUUACCGCAACACCGACGACGAGAACAUUGCGGCCCUGGAUAUGGACAUCGAUAUCGAGAUUUAGUCUCAUUCAAGAAUGGUGUCUUUUCCUGCGGUUCAGUUCAGUGGCUUUUGUUCGGUGAAUCGAUUUACUACCUACGAGAACACUAUUUUGUUCUGAGAUUCCACAAUUCCUCUGAACAAGUCUACAUUUCUCAAGGACCCUUGGCGGUGGUUGGCUCAAAGCCUUGCCCGUAUUGUGAUUGUAUCUUUUGCUUCUGUUUUUCCUUACGCGAUAUUUGAGGAGUCCGGGGGUAAUCUCGGCGUCUAUUCAGAAAAUAGCAUCAAGCUUUGUAUUAUGAAAAUUUCUGGGAAUGCAGCAUUUUAUCUACCGGAAGAGACAUUUCCAAAAUAA